GCAUUUUAAAUUGACAAACUAUUAGAGUGAAUAUUUCCAAACACACUUCGUUGACUUAAGUGUCACAGAUAUGGAAAAAGCUUUUAAUUUAACUGGCCAGAGGUGGAUUCAUUUGAAAGUUUAAAGCAACUUCAAGUGUAACAAAUGAGGUUGGACAAGGAUCCAGGAAUAAUUUGAAGUUGGUGAGGGGAGGUGAAAUAUUUUUUUAAAUCACUCACUGGUAAGUCAUUUUGUUUUUUUUGGGGGAAAAAAAUGCCUUUGCAAAGAUUUCUACUUAUAAAAUAGUAAAAUAAAACAUAAAACUGAGCCACAAAUGUGUAGGUGGACAUAUUUUAAUGAAGUCUGACUCCAACUUUGAUUUUUUCUUUUUUCUUUUUUUUUUAAGCUAAUCAUUUCCCUGCUUUAUGUUUAUGUUAGCAGUACUACCUUAAACAAGAAAUUGUACUUUUGUCCAUGUGCUCAGAUCCAUAAAAAGUCACGGAUUUUUUGUUGUUGUUCUUACGGUAGCUAUAAUAUAGCAAAAACAAAAGAAAAACAUUUUGUUCUUGCAUCGGCCUAAACAAGUAUGAAUGAAUACGUGUAAAUAUAAUUAAACUUAAUAGUAAUGCUGGUCUGCCGAUUAGAAUCAGAGGAAAGGUUGUGGACGGGGCCUUUGUGGAAAGCAGCCAAUCAGAGGAAAGAUUCCUGCAGCAGCCCGUACACUGAAGCGUCACUCACUGCCACGUAGAGGAGAAGCUGCUGCUGCUGCUGCUGCUACUUUAUGUUUUCUGCGUGAUUUCGUUUUAAAUUUACCUGAAGUUGGGUGUGUGGGUAUGUUGCUGGUCGUGCUGAGCUUCUUCGGCUCCUCCAUGCUGACCUCCGUCAGCGGCGGGAAGCUGCCCGAAGCCGAGGUGGACAUAGAGGUUCUGCAAAGGCCCUUCAUCUGUCACCGAAGGUCCAAGUACGGAGACAUGCUGCUGGUGCAUCAUGACGGAUACUUUGAGAACGGGACCAUGUUUUACUCCAGUCGAAGGCAAAAUGAGAACGCAAUGUGGUUCACGUUGGGGAUCAGGGAAGUACUAAAAGGGUGGGAUGUAGGCCUGCAGGACAUGUGUUCAGGAGAGAAGAGGAAACUGGUAAUACCUCCAGCCCUGGCCUAUGGGAAGGAAGGGAAAGGUAAGAUCCCACCAGAGAGCACGCUGACCUUCUUGGUGGAACUGCUUGAAAUCAGAAAUGGUCCGAGGUCUCACGAGUCCUUUCAGGAGAUGGACCUCAAUGACGACUGGAGGCUCUCCAAAUAUGAGGUGAAAGAAUAUCUCAGGAAGGAGUUUGAGCGGUACGGCUACCCGCCCAACGACACGUUACAUGAGAACAUGGCGGCCGAUAUCUUCACCAAAGAGGACACGAACAAUGAUGGUUUCCUAUCUUCAAGAGAGUUCACCUACAAACAUGACGAACUGUAACGUCACUACUGUGGCUUGUUGCUUAAGCACAAGAGACACUCAGGUUAACUAAAGCAGCAUGCUUGUGUGAAAGACAACUGUGAAACUGGUUGCGUCAUACAUUUUAAGCAGACUGUUUUGCUUUUGAGCCCAAGUUUUCAAUCAGAGGUAAGACUUUUAAAAACCAAGAAUAUCAAAAAAGGUAAAUCAUUUGGCUUUCCAUUCGAACACCUAAAAUCAUUGAAGACAAGCAGUUCUGUUCAGAAGUUUUCAUCUACUCAGCAGGGGCUGAAUGUUCUUUUAGUGGAAUAAGUAUACCACAAAAAACUUCAUUGACUCCCAAUAAUCUCAAAACUUUAUAAUUAUAUAUACACCUCCACUAGUAGUUGGUUUGAUGUUUUUUAGGAAGUAGCAGAAAAACCAUAUGGCUUGUGUGGGGAGCUUGAACAAGCUCUGGAGCUAAAUAUUUUACCACUACUCUUCUUAGGAGAAACUGCUAAAUUAUUUAAAAUAUUUCUCUUUUUCACAUGGACCUGGCUUUCAAGUACAUUUUUUUCAUGUACAUAGCUGUAUGUCCAGAAUAAUGACUUUCAUGCCAAUUAUGAAGGUGUGUAAACUUCUGACCAGAACUGCAGGUCAAAUGACUCCACUCCAUCUUAAUUUUUUAUUUUUUAUUUUUAAACCCUACGGUGCUCCCAUUUUUCCUACUGUAGAAAUGCCUUUUUUGUUGUUGACAUCUUUCUACGGCUAAUUUUCUGAAUCCAUUUGGAUAGAAAAACAUAAACUCUUCAAAAACUUGAUUAUCAUCAAAACAAAUGUACCUUAAAAACUGGAACAUGUGUUAUAUUUAUUGUGUUGAGCAUUAAAAUAGUUUUUUUAAACAUAUUUGAUUUUUUUUUUUUUUUUUCUAGAAAAAGGAACUCGGACACGAUAUUCAGAAUGUAGCUGUCAGUCACACACCACCUACAACUGUUUGUAGAUGGUGUAUUCAAUACUGCACAAUUUAUUUUAUUUCCAAAUGCGUUUGUUCAGUGCUUGUGGUCAGACUUCCACUGUAGACAUAAUCAGAAAUGGAGUAGAUACACGUCAAUAAAAUCGUCUGUGCCAA